UAGUUUCAAGGCCAUGGUUUUUAUGUCAAAUGAUCCAGGCACUGUUCAUAUUACUUGCGUUAUUGACAUGCAUGAUAUACAUGUAAGAGUAGUCGUACUUCCCACAAGGUAAACCCACAGUCAGGCAGCAGUUUGUUUAUUGACUCUGUGGGGGACAGACCUCCAGAUCUUCAGACUGGUCAUUCAGGAAUAUUUCUACCUUGUUCAUUGCAAGAGAUGGUGUUUUCUCUGUAAGGAGUUAUAAUCAGACAUCAUGAGACUCUAUGGCAUGAGGAUGAUUGUGCUGGCCGUACUUGUUUCUUGCUGCCUUUAUGCAGUGGAAGGUCAAGGAAGUUAUGAUCUAGCUCUGGCAGCUAACAUAAAUCCUCCCGGGAUAUUUGUGGCAUCGACUGAUACCUUCAACUUCACCUCUGUCCCUGGGUUUGGAGAAGGGUCUAGGAGACCUGUUGCUAUUGAUUACGAUCCUGUAGAUGGCAUGGUAUAUUGGACAGAUGUUCAACAUGGGAGCAUCAGUCGUUCACUUCUGGAUGGCUCCAGUUAUGUUGUUCUACUGACAGGCCUUCAAACGCCUGAUGGUUUGACACUUGACCUUGUUGACCGUGUGAUGUACUGGACUGAUACAGGAAGUGAUUUGAUCGAGAAAGCUACGAUGGACGGACUCGACAGAACCGUGGUUUUGAAUCUCACGGAUUCUACAAGGAACGAAGUGCAACCCAGGGCCAUCGUUGUGGAUUCUGUAGACGGGAUAAUGUUCUGGACAGAUUGGGGCAGCUCUCCAAAGAUUGAACGAGCCAACACAGAUGGAACGUCUAGGAGGGUUCUCGUUGAUUCGGGUCUGCUAUGGCCCAAUGGAUUGGCGUUAGAUGUGGCUGGUGGGAGAUUGUACUGGUGCGAUGCCGGGCUCAACACUGUCGAAUCAGUUGACUUUGAGGGUGGAAAUCGUCUCCUGCACGCCAACGUGUCCUCGCAUGACAUCCAUCCGUUUGAUAUUUGGUACUAUCGGGACCGCUUGUUUUGGACAGACUGGAUCUCAGCAGAGCUCUUACAAUUUCAGUUUUCACCGCCGAAUAUUACAGGAAUUGGGUCUGCAAGCUUUUCCCAAGCAGCCGGAUUGCACAUUUAUAAGGAUGAACUUACUGACCAUUCAUGUAUUGACUUGAUGCCAUGUGCUGUAACUAGGGAGAGAUGUCGUCAGUUUGAUACCUCCUACCAGUGUGUAUGUAAAGAUGGUUCAGCUGGUGCAAUGUGCAAUCAAGUUAAUCCAUGCUCAGGAAACCCAUGCAAUGAUGGAGAGUGUUUUCUGAAGUCAGCUACUACCAAUGUGGUGGACUACUUCUGUCAGUGCCCGCUUCUUUCCACUGGGAUGAACUGUGAAACACAAAUCUCUCCGUGCCAGAGUGAGCCCUGUAUGAACGAAGGAACUUGCUUCGUAUCUGGUUCCCGAGAUACCUACGUCUGUCUCUGCACGGAUGGUUUCACCGGAGUAAGCUGUGAAAACAAGUUCAGCCCCUACAAUCUAGUCUUUGUGGCCAACAUUGACCCUCCAGGGAUCUACGUAGCUCAGGCAGAUAACUUCAACUUCACCAUCAUCCCGGGUACUUCAGACCCUUCCUCUAAUCCUGUUGCUGUUGACUAUGAUCCCGUAUAUGGCAUGGUCUACUGGACAGACACUGUCCUGUCCAGAAUCGUCCGCUCCUUCUUGGACGGCAGCGGCUUGGAAACUAUUGUCAACAACACCUACACGCCUGAUGGUUUGUCCCUUGACCCUGAGAACCGUGUGAUGUACUGGACCGAUACAGGAAGUGAUUUGAUCGAGAAAGCUACGAUGGAUGGACUCGGCAGAACUGUGGUUUUGAAUCUCACGGAUUCUUCAAGGGAGGAAGUGCAACCCAGGGCUAUUAUUGUGGACACAGUUAACAGCUAUCUGUUCUGGACGGAUUGGGGUACUGCACCAAAGAUUGAGCGCGCCAACACAGAUGGAUCUGAUCGUAGGGUGUUGGUCGAUACGGGUCUGGGCUGGCCAAAUGGCCUGAGUCUGGACUCUCAAGUUGGCCGACUUUACUGGUGUGAUGCGUCUCUGGAUCGCAUCGAAUAUUCAGACCUCGAUGGAAAUGGUCGAAGUAUUCUUGUAGAUCUUACUGUCUAUGACAUCCAUCCGUUCGACGUCGCUGUGUAUGACGGUUUUGUCUACUGGACCGAUUGGAGAUAUAGUCUUCUACGCACAAGCUUAGAUGCCGCAACUGUAGAAAAUUACGGGACAGUGCCAUUUCAAAAAGCUGGUGGUCUUCAUAUUUAUGAAGACACCAAUGUGGACCACAGUUGUCAGACCAUUCAGCCAUGUCAAAACUUUGGAUUUUGCCAGCAGUAUCGAGACCACUAUGAAUGCAUUUGUCUGCCUGGCUACACAGGUUUCGAUUGCGAAAAUGGGGGUUCUGAUAUGUGCGAUCCUCAACCUUGUUUGAAUGGAGGAAGCUGUCUGGAUUUAGUCUCCACAUUUCUUUGUUUAUGUCCUAGGGGCUACAGUGGGGAAACCUGCUCUGAGGCUGCGACUGGCUGUACUCCAAAUCCAUGUUUGAAUGGAGGAACCUGUGUCAAUGACGGCACUGGUGGUUUUCUUUGUGUGUGUCUCCCUGGCUACCAAGGAGCUACUUGUGAUACAGACUCAUCAGAUGUGUGUUCUACUCAGCCAUGUAUGAAUGGAGGAACUUGUCAUGAGAUAGUUGGUACCUUUUAUUGUAUCUGUGACGGUGCCUACGCAGGAGAUGACUGUUCAAUACAGUCAACUGCAUGUUUAUCUCAGCCAUGUAUGAAUGGAGGAAGUUGUGAGGAGUCAUCAGGUCUCUAUUUCUGUUACUGUCUUCCUGGCUUCACAGGAGAUACCUGCUCUACAGACUCAUCAGAUGUGUGUUCUACUCAGCCAUGUAUGAAUGGAGGAACGUGUCAUGAGAUAGUUGGUACCUUUUAUUGUAUCUGUGACGGUGCCUACGCAGGAGAUGACUGUUCAAUAGUGUCAACUGCAUGUUCAUCUCAGCCAUGUAUGAAUGGAGGAAGUUGUGAGGAGUCAUCAGGUCUCUAUUUCUGUUACUGUCUUCCUGGCUUCACAGGAGAUACCUGCUCUACAGACUCAUCAGAUGUGUGUUCUACUCAGCCAUGUAUGAAUGGAGGAACUUGUCAUGAGAUAGUUGGUACCUUUUAUUGUAUCUGUGACGGUGCCUACGCAGGAAAUGACUGUUCAAUAGAGUCAACUGCAUGUUUAUCUCAGCCAUGUAUGAAUGGAGGAAGUUGUGAGGAGUCAUCAGGUCUCUAUUUCUGUUACUGUCUUCCUGGCUUCACAGGAGAUACCUGCUCUACAGAUAUCGAUGAGUGUAACUCAGAUCCUUGUCAGAAUGGAGCAACGUGUGUGGAUCGAGUUCUUGACAUUUCCUGUACAUGUAGUCCUGGCUUCACAGGAUUUUGGUGUCAAAUAAAUCUCAAUGAGUGUGCCUCGAAUCCUUGUUUGAAUGGAGGAACCUGUGUGGAUUUAGUGAACGCAUUCUCCUGCGCAUGUAGUCCAGGUUGGAUGGGAGUCAAAUGUGACAUUAAUAUCAAUGAGUGUUCCUCGAGUCCUUGCUUGAAUGGAGGAACCUGUGUGGAUUUAGUGAACGCAUUCUCCUGCGCAUGUAGUCCUGGUUGGGUGGGAGUCACAUGUGACAUUAAUAUCUACGAGUGUAACUCAGAUCCUUGUCAGAAUGGAGCAACGUGUGUGGAUCUCAUUCUUGACGUUUCCUGUACAUGCGUUCCUGGGUUCACAGGAUAUUUUUGUGAAAUAAAUUUCAAUGAGUGUGCCUCGAGUCCUUGCUUGAAUGGAGGAACCUGUGUGGAUGCAGUGAAUGCUUAUUCCUGUGCAUGUAGUCCUGGUUGGAUGGGAGUCACAUGUGACAUAAAUGCAGUUGACUGCACUCCUACUUCCUGCCUGAAUGGGGGAACGUGUGUAGAUGGAGUGAACAGCUUCACCUGUACAUGUCUCGCUGGCUACACCGGAUCCAGAUGUGACUUAGAUAUUGAUGAAUGUCUAUCGAGCCCCUGUAUGAACGGAGCAACCUGUGUAGAUGAAGUGAACAGAUUCUCAUGUACAUGUCCACGUGGGUUUGAAGGAGAUACUUGUGCCACAGAUAUUGAGCCACCUACAGUUACUGGUUGUCCGUUUGACACCACUAUCCCCGUCACCAUGCCAUCAAGCCGAGUGACCCAUAGCUGGACUCAACCAGGGUUCACGGACAACUCUGGCCCUCCGUCUGAAAGCUUUGGUUGCUCAUCGACUGGUUACAACGAGUGUCACCAGUCUGGCUCUGGACUCUUUAGUGUUGGUAUUACCAAAGUGAUGUACAAUGUCACGGAUGGAGCAAGGAAUAGGGUGGAGUGCUCUUUUACUGUCGCAGUUACAGUGGUGGAUAUCGUCUGCCCGAUGAAUGUGAAUGUCUUAGCUUCACCCGGUGACACAAGUUCCAGUGUGGACUGGAAUGAACCGGUUAUAACUGGAUGGAACGGCCCAACAAGUUUCACUUCAACUGCCCAGCCCGGCACUGAUACAUUCCUCAUUGGAACCCACCAAGUGAACUACACGCAACGUUUUGCAGCAAAGUACAAUGUGGUCUUGGAGUGUUCUUUCUUCAUAUCGGUUGGAGGUCAAUGUGACGAUAUCAGUUCACAUGAUUCAACUCUUAACCGUACUAUUAAAUGGCAGCCCAUCGAGGCAGGAAAAACUGCAGAGUCCUUUCAGAGAUGUACACUUAAUACAACCAAUGCUGGUGAGCCAAUAGCCAUACGAGACUGUCUGGUGGUUGACCGACCUCUUUACUUUGAGUGGGAGGCAAACUACACGCUUCUCGGCUGCGGUGAAGCCUCCCAACCCACCGUUGAAUCUGUGGCUGAUCAGGUUGAGGUGACUGAAGGUAAUGCUGAGGAAGUUGCUGUUUUCAUCGCCGAUCAGACACAAAACAUCAGCGCCAACGGUGACGAAGAGGUAGAGGUAGAAGAUGUGGCUGACAUCCUAAGCGAUAUUGCAAGUGCUGGAUCCGGUAACCCACAGGUCACAAAUGCUGUAGUAGAGACUGUCAAUAACAUCCUUACGAAUCCGAACACCAACGAUGAUCUUGCUAACGACAACGGAGUCAGCUCAUCAGGGAUCGUUCAGUCAGUCGAGGCUCAGAUUAGUUCUACUCUCCAGCAGGAGGACACGAUUAGCAUACAGCAACCGAGCCUCCAUGUUGAAGGAGUUAGUCUAGACCCAAUGGAGGCCAAUGGUGGAUAUAGCUUUGUGUCAGUUGGGUCGGAGGAGAGCGCUAGUGGCUCCCUUGAAGGAACAGAAGUGCAAACAUUUAACAGCACCAGCGAUAUACCUGAGGAUGUUGAGGUUGUUGCGUCCAUCCAGCUGCCGCAAAAUAUUGGAGAACUAUUACAAUCUGGUGACAACUCCAGCCAACUGCAAGUCAGUUUCAUCGUGUAUGCCAGUGAUGACUUGUUCCAGUCCUCCUUGAUCCGAGAUAAUAACUCCAGCGUUGAAGUUGCUGGACCUGUUGUCUCUCUGACAGUAGAAGGACAUGACUUAGUGAAUCUUACUGAACCAUUGGUCAUUGAAAUACAGGUGUCAAACAAUGCAAGCAUUUAUAACGACACAAGUUUCAGAUGCGUGUUCUGGGAUUUUACCAAAGCAGAUGGAGUUGGUGAUUGGUCAACAGCUGGGUGUGUUCUUGCAAGACAAACGGACAAUACAGUGUCCUGUAACUGCAACCAUGCCACCAACUUUGCAAUCCUUGUGGACGUGAAGGGACAGAAAAUCACAAACGAUAAAUUUGCGCUCGCUCUUGACGUUAUCAGCCAGAUUGGUAUUGUCCUGUCAAUCAUUGCUCUGGGUGCAACUUUAAUCAUCUACCUCUCAAUAAAGAAAUUGCGGUCCGGCAAAUCCCGUCUGAUUUUCAUCCACUUCUGUGCUUCCUUGUUGCUGUUGUACAUUGUGUUCCUCGCUGGAAUUGACAGUGCUAGGGGUUCGGUAGGUGCUUGUGCUUUUGUAGCAGCAUUGCUUCACUACUUGGCCCUGACCACAAUGAUGUGGAUGGCUGUGGAGGCCAGGAACAUGUAUGUCAGCACUGUCAAGGUCUUCCCUGAAGACACCCCAAAGUAUAUGCUCAAAGCUUGUCUUAUUGCUUGGGGGUCUCCAGCGGUACUUGUGACAAUAACGCUAGCAUCGGGUACAAGUGAUUAUGGCAGUGAACACAAUUGUUUUGUUCAACCGAGUCUGGCAAUGUACCUUGGUCUCCUGGUUCCAAUUGGCCUGAUCCUCCUCCACAACAUCAUCACCUUCAUCUUGGUCAUGCGGAGCCUCCUUCAGGUCCAGGAAGUAUCCCGCUCUCAGCAGAUCUCCAAACGUCUCCAGAAUGCCAUCGGUAUCUCGGCUCUGAUGGGCUUGACUUGGGUCUUUGGAUUCCUGGCUAUCGGGGACUCUCAUGCUCGGUUUGCCUUCCAGCUCAUCUUCUGCCUGGCCAACUCCUUGCAGGGUGUGGUAGUUUGCAUCAUGUUCUGCAUCAGACGAGAGGAGGUACGCACUGCCAUGGAGCCCUACUGGCGGCGUAUCUGCUGCGGCCGAACCUGCUCACUGCCUGUGUUUAUUAGUGAUACGACGAAGGAUGUGGAACUUGUUACAAGUACAUCUCCACCCAACUCUCCAUCUAGUAUCAGUGACACGGCACAGUUUGACCUCUCUGUGUCCGGCCCAAUCUAAUUGGUUAAGGUAGGCUCUUGCUCUGUGGGUAAGGAACACACUUGGCCAAAAGAAACAGGGGUCAAAUUUCAUGGCUCUGCUUACCGCUGAGUUCUGCGCUUACCAUCACCAUUCAAAUUUCAUGGCUCUGCUUACCGCUGAGUUCUGCGCUUACCAUAACCAUUCAAAUUUCAUGGCUCUGCUUACCGCUGAGUUCUGCGCUUACCAUAACCAUUCAAAUUUCAUGGCUCUGCUUACCGCUGAGUUCUGCGCUUACCAUAACCAUUCAAAUUUCAUGGCUCUGCUUACCGCUGAGUUCUGCGCUUACCAUCACCAUUCAAAUUUCAUGGCUCUGCUUACCGCUGAGUUCUGCGCUUACCAUAACCAUUCAAAUUUCAUGGCUCUGCUUACCGCUGAGUUCUGCGCUUACCAUAACCAUUCAAAUUUCAUGGCUCUGCUUACCGCUGAGUUCUGCGCUUACCAUCACCAUUCUCCGUUUGCACUAGCUGUGUAAGCGAAGAAUGCCUAGUAACGUUGAGUAUGCACGCGCAAAAGCUAAAAUGCCCAGGUUACCUGUGAAAUACGCUUGGCGUACGCACAGAAUUCCCUGUUGCUCUCAGCGCCGAUUCUUUGCUUACGCUUGCAGAGCCAUGAAAUUGGGCUCUGAUCUUUGCCAUCAUGCCGUUACCAACACUGACAAAAUAAAUCUAGUGAUAACUGAAGCCAGAUAAUGGUUUUCCCCUUUCAAGCAAAGGUUUGGUCACAUGAAAGUUAAAACAACAAGAUGACCACACCAUUAGGCAAUGUGCACCUAGUAGUUUAAGAAGAUUGUGAAUAGAUGACAGUUUGAGUAAGAGGAAACCACAAGGACCAUUGAAAAAAGAACAAACUUAAUCAUUUUUACACACUCAAUUAUUUUAUGUGUAUGUUUGUAUAAACGGUGUAUUUUUACUUAACUAAAUCUUUAAAAUAUUGUUCUCAUUGGGGUAUUUUCCUUUUUUGUCAAAACCCUGUAGUUGAUGAAAUUACAACUGUCAUUAUUACAGUGUGGUUAUUAUUCUACUUUACACACGGGUACAGCACAACAAAAUCAGUGUUAAUCGUUCACCAUGCAAAGCCUUGACUCUUUGUAAUUGUAUGUCUUUGUUUAUUCCCAUUCUUGUAUAUUGUUGAAGUUCUUAAUUUGUAUUUGACUCUUCAAAAACCAUAGCAGGCCAACGCGGCUUGCACCCAAAUGCCCAAAGCGGCUGCAAACAAAAUAAUAAUAGUUUUAUCACAGCUUGAAUAGAAGGGCGUCUCAAAACACUUCAAACUUUAUUACCACUCCAGUGCACUGGGCCGUAAAUUAUUCCUUAAACCAUCUCAGCUCCCUUGGGAGUAUACAGCAGGUGCUGCGAGUUACCACGCUCCAAGCUAAUCAUGCACAUAACCCAUCUCUGCCCUCAAAGAUACCCAUUUUACCCCUGGGUGGAGAGAAGCAAUGGUUAAGUGGCUUGCUCAAGGACAC